CUGACACGGGGAAGAUGGAGGUGAGUUGGAAUAUACCCACACUGAAGCUGGAUUGACAUACUGACGCAGUCUCUAGGUGUGGAUUCAGGAAAUAUAAACGACGCCGCCGGGCGAACUUGCGCUUACUGUUUUAUACCCCACCUUGUUGACGCACCAGCGUCUGGGUUUCUGGUUUACGAAGUCAUGACGGACGCCACCGCAAUCUCCUAUCAUAAUAUGAUAGCGAUAUUUUUUCACAUUUACAGUGUUGGACUGUCGUUGCCCACCAAGACUACUCCGGCCACUCGGUUGAGAACAGACGAUAUCCUACACUUAUUUGCAUACAGCCUACCCUGCAUACUGUUCGGAGGAUCGGCGUUGGAUUUAGGGAUUGCGUCUAAUCGACCAGCCCAGGUGGAGGGCUGUCUCACUAUGUCCCUUCCCAGCGAGUAGUACUCUACCCUAAUAUUUGUGUACCCUUUUUGCAUUUACUGUUACUUCCCUAGCAUCCUUAUUCUGGUUCCUUCUCAUGUCUUUAUUAGCAUUGUGGAGUUGGAGGAUCAUAAAACGGAGGGGGAGGAAGCCUAGACAAAAUAUUGUGUGUUUAUUCAGUGUUUUCAGUGUUUAAAGGACAGGCUUUGGUGCAGCCACAGCAGUUCAGAUAUGAAUCAACUCCCCCCACGCAUGUUAUGAACCAGUGCCCAUUACCCGUGUAUAUCGGAUAGAUUCCAGGGUCCACACAGUGGGAGACUUGCUGCUCAAGAUAUUGAAGUGCUUUUCCCGAACUGUGGGACUCAAACUUGAACUGCGAAGAACACCGGCGGUUGAUUGCAAAGCGUUUGUAGUUGGUGCGAGCUUCUCACUUAUAUGCUCACCCAAUGUCCUGUGUCUAACUAGUGUGGGACGCGGAGCAGUGGUUAAUAUACUACUACAAGAUAGCAGGC